AUGAGGUCUUGCUGCCUUCUCCGUGUCUAUCUCUUUCAUUUUGUCUUGUUGCAUUGCCCGUGUCUAUCUCUCUCAUUUUGUCUUGUUGCCUUGUUCGUGUCUACCUCUCUCAUUUUGUCUUGUUGCCUUGUUCGUGUCUACCUCUCUCAUUUUGUCUUGUUGCCUUUUCCGUGUCUACCUUUCUCAUUUUGUCUUUUUGCCCUGUUCGUGUCUAUCUCUCUCAUUUUGUCUUGUUGCCCUGUUCGUGUCUACCUCUCUCAGUUUGUCUUGUUGCCUUUUCCGUGUCUACCUCAUUUUGUCUUGUUGCCUUGUCCCUGUCUACCUCUCUCAUUUUGUCUUUUUGCCCUGUUUGUGUCUAACUCUCUCAUUUUGUUUGUCUUGUCCCUGUCUACCUCUCUCAUUUUGUCUUUUUGCCCUGUUCGUGUCUACCUCUCUCAUUUUGUCUUGUUGCCUUGUCCCUGUCUAUCUCUCUCAUUUUGUCUUUUUGCCCUGUUCGUGUCUACCUCUCUCAUUUUGUCUUGUUGCCUUGUCCCUGUCUACCUCUCUCAUUUUGUCUUUUUGCCCUGUUCGUGUCUAUCUCUCUCAUUUUGUCUUGUUGCCUUGUCCCUGUCUACCUCUCUCAUUUUGUCUUUUUGCCCUGUCCGUGUCUACUCUCUCUCAUUUUGUCUUGUUGCCUUGUUGUCUACCUCUCUCAUUUUGUCUUUUUGCCCUGUUCGUGUCUACUCCUCUCAUUUUGUCUUGUUGCCUUGUCCCUGUCUACCUCUCUCAUUUUUUGUCUUUUUGCCCUGUUCGUGUCUAUCUCUCUCAUUUUGUCUUGUUGCCUUGUCCGUUAUCUCUCUCAUUUUGUCUUUUUGCCCUGUUCGUGUCUAUCUCUCUCAUUUUGUCUUGUUGCCUUGUCCCUGUCUACCUCUCUCAUUUUGUCUUUUUGCCCUGUUCGUGUCUCUCAUUUUGUCUUGUUGCCUUGUCCCUGUCUACCUCUCUCAUUUUGUCUUGUUGCCUUGUCCGUGUCUAUCUCUCUCAUUUUGUCUUUUUGCCCUGUUCGUGUCUACCUCUCUCAUUUUGUCUUGUUGCCUUGUCCCUGUCUACCUCUCUCAUUUUGUCUUGUUGCCUUGUCCGUGUCUAUCUCUCUCAUUUUGUCUUGUUGCCCUGUUCGUGUCUACCUCUCUCAUUUUGUCUUGUUGCCUUGUCCCUGUCUACCCUCUCUCAUUUUGUCUUGUUGCCUUGUCCGUGUCUAUCUCUCUGAUUUUGUCUUUUUGCCCUGUUCGUGUCUAUCUCUCUCAUUUUGUCUUGUUGCCUUGUCCCUGUCUACCUCUCUCAUUUUGUCUUUUUUUGUCUAUCUCUCUCAUUUUGUCUUGUUGCCUUGUCCCUGUCUACCUCUCUCAUUUUGUCUUUUUGCCCUGUUUGUCUAUCUCCAUUUUGUCUUGUUGCCUUGUCCGUGUCUAUCUCUCUCAUUUUGUCUUGUUGCCUUGUCCCUGUCUACCUCUCUCAUUUUGUCUUUUUGCCCUGUUCGUGUCUCUCUCUCAUUUUGUCUUGUUGCCUUGUCCCUGUCAUCUCUCAUUUUGUCUUGUUGCCUUGUCCGUGUCUACCUCUCUCAUUUUGUCUUUUUUUGCCCUGUUCGUGUCUAUCUCUCUCAUUUUGUCUUGUUGCCUUGUCCCUGUCUACCUCUCUCAUUUUGUCUUUUUGCCCUGUUGUCUACCUCUCUCAUUUUGUCUUUUGCCCUGUUCGUGUCUACCUCUCUCAUUUUGUCUUGUUGCCUUGUCCCUGUCUACCUCUCUCAUUUUGUCUUGUUGCCCUGUUCGUGUCUACCUCUCUCAUUUUGUCUUGUUGCCUUGUCCCUGUCUACCUCUCUCAUUUUGUCUUUUUGCCCUGUUUGUGUCUAUCUCUCUCAUUUUGUCUUGUUGCCUUGUCCCUGUCUACCUCUCUCAUUUUGUCUUUUUGCCCUGUUCGUGUCUAUCUCUCUCAUUUUGUCUUGUUGCCUUGUCCGUGUCUAUCUCUCUCAUUUUGUCUUGUUGCCUUGUCCCUGUCUACCUCUCUCAUUUUGUCUUUUUGCCCUGUUCGUGUCUAUCUCUCUCAUUUUGUCUUGUUGCCUUGUCCCUGUCUACCUCUCUCAUUUUGUCUUGUUGCCUUGUCCGUGUCUACCUCUCUCAUUUUGUCUUUUUGCCCUGUUCGUGUCUAUCUCUCUCAUUUUGUCUUGUUGCCUUGUCCCUGUCUACCUCUCUCAUUUUGUCUUUUUGCCCUGUUGUCUCUCAUUUUGUCUUUUUGCCCUGUUCGUGUCUAUCUCUCUCAUUUUGUGUUGUUGCCUUGUCCCUGUCUACCUCUCUCUCAUUUUGUCUUUUUUGCCUUGUCCGUGUCUACCUCUCUCAUUUUGUCUUUUUGCCCUGUUCGUGUCUAUCUCUCUCAUUUUGUCUUGUUGCCUUGUCCCUGUCUACCUCUCUCAUUUUGUCUUUUUGUUGUUCGUGUCUAUCUCUCCAUUUUGUCCUUGUCCCUGUCUACCUCUCUCAUUUUGUCUUUUGCCCUGUUUGUCUAUCUCUCUCAUUUUGUCUUUUUGCCCUGUUCGUGUCUACCUCUCUCAUUUUUGUCUUGUUGCCUUGUCCGUGUCUAUCUCUCUCAUUUUGUCUUUUUGCCCUGUCCGUGUCUACCUCUCUCAUUUUGUCUUGUUGCCUUGUCCCUGUCUACCUCUCUCAUUUUGUCUUGUUGCCUUGUCCCUGUCUACCUCUCUCAUUUUGUAUUUUUUGCCCUGUUCGUGUCUAUCUCUCAUUUUGUCUUGUUGCCUUGUCCGUGUCUAUCUCUCUCAUUUUGUCUUUUCUUGUUGCUCUCAUUUUGUCUUUUUGCCCUGUUCGUGUCUAUCUCUCAUUUUGUCUUGUGCCUUGUUUCUACCUCUCUCAUUUUGUCUUUUUGCCCUGUUCUGUCUAUCUCUCUCAUUUUGUCUUGUUGCCUUGUCCCUGUCUACCUCUCUCAUUUUGUCUUUUUGCCCUGUUCUUCUAUCUCUCUCAUUUUGUCUUGUUGCCUUGUUCGUGUCUAUCUCUCUCAUUUUGUCUUGUUGCCUUGUCCCUGUCUACCUCUCUCAUUUUGUCUUUUUUGCCCUGUUCGUGUCUAUCGAUCUCAUUUUGUCUUGUUGCCCUGUUCGUGUCUAUCUCUCUCAUUUUGUCUUGUUGCCUUGUCCCUGUCUACCUCUCUCAUUUUGUCUUUUUGUUGUGUCUAUCUCUCUCAUUUUGUCUUGUUGCCUUGUCCGUGUCUAUCUCUCUCAUUUUGUCUUGUGGCCUUGUCCGUGUCUAUCUCUCUCAUUUUGUCUUGUUGCCUUGUCCCUGUCUACCUCUCUCAUUUUGUCUUUUGCCCUGUUUGUGUCUAUCUCUCAUUUUGUCUUGCCUUGUUGUCUACCUCUCUCAUUUUGUCUUUUUGCCCUGUUCGUGUCUAUCUCUCUCAUUUUGUCUUGUUGCCUUGUCCCUGUCUACCUCUCUCAUUUUGUCUUUUUGCCCUGUUUGUGUCUAUCUCUCUCAUUUUGUCUUCUUGCCUUGUCCGUGUCUACCUCUCUCAUUUUGUCUUUUGCCCUGUUCGUGUCUAUCUCUCUCAUUUUGUCUUGUUGCCUUGUCCCUGUCUGUCUCAUUUUGUCUCUUUUUUGCCCUGUUCGUGUCUAUCUCUCUCAUUUUGUCUUGUUGCCUUGUCCCUGUCUACCUCUCUCAUUUUGUCUUUUUGCCCUGUUCGUGUCUACCUCUCUCAUUUUGUCUUGUUGCCUUGUCCCUGUCUACCUCUCUCAUUUUGUCUUUUUGCCCUGUUCGUGUCUACCUCUCUCAUUUUGUCUUGUUGCCUUGUCCGUGUCUAUCUCUCUCAUUUUGUCUUGUUCUUGUUGUCCUCUCUCUCAUUUUUUCUUUUUGCCCUGUUCGUGUCUAUCUCAUUUUGUUUGUGCCCUGUUCGUGUCUAUCUCUCUCAUUUUGUCUUGUUGCCUUGUCCCUGUCUACCUCUCUCAUUUUGUCUUUUUUUGUUUUGUCUAUCUCUCUCAUUUUGUCUUUUUUGUCCUCAUUUUGUCUUGUUGCCUUGUCCGUGUCUAUCUCUCUCAUUUUGUCUUUUUGCCCUGUUUGUGUCCAUCUCUCUCAUUUUGUCUUGUUGCCUUGUCCCUGUCUACCUCUCUCAUUUUGUCUUGUUACCCUUGUCCCUGUCUCUCUCUCUCUCAUUUUGUCAUUUUUUUUUGUGUCUAUCUCUCUCAUUUUGUCUUGUUGCCUUGUCCGUGUCUAUCUCUCUCAUUUUGUCUUGUUGCCUUGUCCCUGUCUACCUCUCUCAUUUUGUCUUUUUGCCCUGUUCGUGUCUAUCUCUCUCAUUUUGUCUUGUUGCCUUGUCCCUUUUCUCUCAUUUUGUCUUUUUGCCCUGUUCGUGUCUAUCUCUCUCAUUUUGUCUUGUUGCCUUGUCCCUGUCUACCUCUCUCAUUUUGUCUUGUUUGUCUAUCUCUCUCAUUUUGUCUUGUUGCCCUGUUCGUGUCUAUCUCUCUCAUUUUGUCUUGUUGCCUUGUCCCUGUCUACCUCUCAUUUUGUCUUUUUUGUUCGUGUCUAUCUCUCUCAUUUUGUCUUGUUGCCUUGUCCGUGUCUAUCUCUCUCAUUUUGUCUUGUUGCCUUGUCCGUGUCUAUCUCUCUCAUUUUGUCUUGUUGCCUUUCUACCCACUCAUUUGUCUUUUUUGCCCUGUUCGUGUCUAUCUCUCUCAUUUUUGUCUUGUUGCCUUGUCCCUGUCUACCUCUCUCAUUUUGUCUUGUUCUUGUUGCCUCUGUCAUUUUGUCUUUUUGCCCUGUUCGUGUCUAUCUCUCUCAUUUUGUCUUGUUGCCUUGUCCGUGUCUAUCUCUCUCAUUUUGUCUUGUUGCCUUGUCCCUGUCUACCUCUCUCAUUUUGUCUUUUUGCCCUGUUCGUGUCUAUCUCUCUCAUUUUGUCUUGUUGCCUUGUCCCUGUCUACCUCUCUCAUUUUGUCUUUUUGCCCUGUUCGUGUCUAUCUCUCUCAUUUUGUCUUGUUGCCUUGUCCCUGUCUACCUCUCUCAUUUUGUCUUUUUGCCCUGUUCGUGUCUAUCUCUCUCAUUUUGUCUUGUUGCCCUGUUCGUGUCUAUCUCUCUCAUUUUGUCUUGUUGCCUUGUCCCUGUCUACCUCUCUCAUUUUGUCUUGUUGCCUUGUCCCUGUCUCCCUCUCUCAUUUUGUCUUGUUGUCCUCUCCGUGUCUACCUCUCUCAUUUCGUCUUGUUGCCUUGUUCGUGUCUACCUCUCUCAUUUUGUCUUGUUGUCUUCUCCUUGUAUAUCUCUCUUCUAUUGCCGUCUUUCCUUCUCCUUGUCUAUCAUUUUUAUUGUUUCUGAUAUUCAAGACUACUUCGCUUUUCCAUCCAUCUUUCUUUUUUAUUUCCCCAGUAAUUUGAUACAACUCCGCCCCUUAUUGCUUUGUCAUAUCUCUCCCCACUCUCUCCCUGAUAGUUUGUUUGAUUCUGUUCUCUUCUCUCUUAUUUUUAUUCUAUUUUUUUUUUAUCAUUCUUGUAUUUUCGAUGUUUUUCUUCAGCUCUUUUCCUUUUUUUUAUUAUUUCUUCUUAACUCGGUUUCAUCCUAUCCCCCCCCACUUCGUCUUUUCAUUAUUUUUUCAUUUUUCUUUCUUCAAUCUCCCUUUUUAGCGGUUCCCUCUAUCCUCUCUAAGCCUGCUCUUUUACCUGUCUUCCGCUCUUUCUUUAUUGUAUUCUCUCUCUAUAUUCAUCAUUCUUCUCCCUCCGCCCUUUUUUUUAUCUCUCAUUGUUCCACUCUUCUCUCCCUCCCUCCUUCUUCCUGUUUUUACUUUUUCUAUCUCUUUUUCUCUUGUCUUUUUUUCCUUCUCGCAUUAUCCUUCUCCUUUUUCAUUCAAACCCAUUCUUUCGUUCACUCUUUUUUUCUUUAG